UUGGAACAAUAGUUCAGCCACUAAUUCCAGGGGUGGCUUUCGGAAUGCCAUUUUUAUCUCGUUCUUCGCAGCCGUAUGUGCAGUAACGCUGGCCUUCCUUGCGAGGAUGUCGUAAGCUAACAGCGUGGAUUGCUUUGGACUCGGAAUACGCUGUAUAAAUGCAAACUUACUAUCCCAAAUGAUUAUUAUUAUUUUUAGAAACCUGUCAGAAUCGCUUCCUGCAAUUUCGUUCUCUCUGGCCAUUGCAAUUUUCGAAACUAGCCUUUUACUCGAAGAUGCAGGAAGCCGCGGAGAGCGCCAGCACAAGCGGCAGCAGUGCCAGCAGCUCCUUCUCCAGCCACACUGCCCCUGCCAGCAUCAAAGAGGAAGAGUGCAGCCCGGAGAAAGAGCGCCCCCCGGAGGCCGAAGUCAUCAAUUCCAGAUGCGUCUUGUUCACCUAUUUCCAAGGGGACAUCAGUGCUGUGGUGGACGAGCACUUCAGCCGAGCCCUCAGCCAACCCAGCAGCUACUCGCCCAGCAGCUCCAGCACGAAGGCUGCCAUGAGGAGCUCCAGCUCUUGGAGGGAUGGAUCAUUCCCCAUGAGCCAACGCAGCUUCCCGCCUUCCUUCUGGAACAGCACGUACCAGCCCUCUUCAGUGCCUGCGUCCCUGGGCAGCCCACUGUCAGCCACUGCCCACAGCGAACUGCCCUUUGCCACAGCGGACCCUUACUCUCCAGGCUCGCUACAUGGCCACCUCCACCAGGGGCCCCCGGAGCCCUGGCACCCUGCCCAUCACCACCACCACCAUCACCACCACCCUUACAUUGGAACACAGAGCUCAGCCUACCCUCGACCCACCGCUGUGCACGAGGUCUACGGCCCUCACUUUGACCCUCGCUACGGCUCCCUGCUGGUGCCCGCCGCUUCCGUGCGCCCCCACCGCCUCACGCCUGCCUCAGUGCCCACACCCGUCAGCCCUCCGUGCGAGCUGGGCAAAAGUGAGCCCGCCACUUCAGCGUGGACAACGCCAGCACCUUUCGCCAGUCCUGCAGGGGAAAUGGCACAGAGUUUAGGCCUCAAUGUGGACACAGGUUUACAGCCUCAGGAUAAAAGCAAGGACCUCUAUUGGUUUUAGACCUGCCCUUCCACCUUUUCUUCUUCCCCUCUAGUCAGAUCUCUGCCUAUGUAGGACUGCUGGUGACAGAGCUGAAUCGAGUCGAUUUGUAACAGCUUCUGAUCUUGGUUUACAGCUCGCCGUUAUUCCUUCUGUGGUGGAUCCCUCCUGAGCUGAACUGCUGAUUCUAAAGUGUUCCCAACCACCCCACAACCCCAUCUUCUUUGUCCCCCUCCAUCUUUCAGUAUCUCGUGUCACAUUUCAAGGACAAGGACACGGGCAAUUCAGUGGGAGCUAAAAGCUGCUUAGACUUCAACUUUCAACCAACAGGACCUAAGAUGAUGAUGGGGUGAUGAUGGGGUUGGGCACCCUCAUCCAUGAACAGUGGCCAGGCCAUUCUAAAGAAUCAAGAUGAACAAAGAAGGACUUUGAAAUUGCUGACUUUAGGAAGCGAAAAGUGUUUGCUGAUGGCGCGAUGGCAUGGAUUUUUGACUGACAUUUUUUAAAACAAAAAACAAAAGCACCUCCACAGUCCUUUUUCAAAGCAGCAUGAGAAGAUAUUCAGAUGUUGUAAACGCGAUACUUGUCCUUCCCGCUGUAGAAACAAAGAAAGGAAUUCUAAACUCCUAGGCACGUUUGGGAUUUUUUUUUUUUUUUUAAUGGAGAGACCUUUCAGUCUUCAGCAUGGUGAUGAGUGGCAAGUGACUAGCACAGGCCACCUGCCCUCCUGGCUUACACAAAUGCAGCUGUUCAAGAGACAACUGUUCGAAUUCUAGAAACUUGACAACCAAGGUGGCACUUCUCCGAGUUUGGCACAACAAUUGCAUUGGAUAAUGCAUCCAUCCAUAUGUGUAUAUAUAAGGUUUUUAUACAAGGAACAUUUUAUGAUGAAAGAAGAGACCCUUCAAAAAAGAAAAGAAAAGAAAAGGCUCCACAAGUAACAGCUGGAUAAAAUUGGGGUGGGGGAGUAAUUGGAUAGACAAAGGACCCCAUUUAAUAUCAAUGCUCACUGUAUGUAUCUUUCUAGUGGCCAGUGACUGGGUCUCUCUUCUCUUCUCUUCUUUUUUUGAAGGGACAUAUAUGAGAUGUUUAUUUGUAGGAAAGUUGAAUUAAAGAUGUCUCCUUUCACCA